GCUUCUCCUGCAGUUUAGUAAUUUUUCUUCAUGAGAAUCUACUUCAGAAUGAAAAUCCACAAUCUUCUCUUCAUCUGCCUCUUCUCAGCACUCUGUGAUGGAAAAGUUGGGCUUGUCAACGCAAAAAAUCUCACCCGCGCCGAAGGAGGAAGUGUCACAGCUGUAUGCCAAUUUUCUUUCUCUGGUAGAAAAAAGUUCCUCUGCAGGGAGGAAUGCAAAGAUGGAGACGUUCUCAUUGAAACUCAUGACAAUGCAGUUCAGAGAGGCAGAUACAGCAUCACUUAUGAGGAGGGAACUUUUCCAGUGUCUUCUACGUUUCUGUAUGUGAGCAUCGCGCAGCUGAAAAAGUCUGACUCUGGACGCUACUUGUGCGGUUUGGAAAGGCCGUUACUACCUGACUCAUAUGAGGGGUUUGAGCUCCAAGUCACAGAUGCUCCAAAGAGUGAGAAAGCGAGGCAUCCUGAUCGGCAACAGAGCGAGGAAAAUGCAGUUGCAAUUUAUAGUUCGAAAGGUUACGUCCCACCUCUGGCCGUGUGCAUCACCGUGCUCUUUGCAGCUGCCUCGUUGCUCCUCUACAAAUUGAAGACAAGAGUGAACUCUGAUUGUUUGACCAGCUGGAGGCAGUCGGACAACGAAAACAACAACAAGAGCACGGACGUGAACCUGACGCUGACUUCAUUGACUGAAUUCUUGAGAUCAUGAUUGAUGAUAUGUCCAAGAUAAUUCCAUCCUUUGUUAGUGAACUGCAGAGACAUCAUCUGACUGAGUGAUGACACCCACAGCAGCCAGGAUACAAUACACUGUGACUUCUGACCUUUUAUUUUAUUUUUCCCACCAUCAUUACAAUUGACACCUUUUUUUUUUAUUAGAUUUCUUAAACAAGGAGAAAACAGCACAACAAUAGUUUUAGAAAAUGUACUUAUGUCACUAUCACUUAACUUCAAACAUAAGCAGCAUAUUUGUUAAAUAAUGCCACUUCCUCUUCCUAAGUGUAGGAAAGUUUAUUUUAAACAUAUUUCCCUGGCUUAUGACUA